GAGCGGGCAGAGCAGCUGUCGUUCGCGUUGAGAGUCGCGGUCCGCUCCGAUCCGCCGCGUUCAGCCCCGCGCACCGCCUCGCCUCGCCCCGCCCGGCCAUGCCGCUGCCCCGCGCCGCGCUCCUGCUCGGCCUCUUGCUGGCCGCUGCCGCCGCCGAGUCGGUGAGAGAAACAGAGACCAUGGACGCCCGAUGGCUUGACUACCCUGGCUCUGGAGACCUGCCAGAUGAUGAAGACAUUGGUGAAUUCACACCUCACUUAUCUUCUGAUGAGUUUGAUCUAGAUGACACAUCUGGCUCUGGAGACUACCCAGGUUCUGAAGAUAAUAUUUACCUGACCACUGUGGAUACUCCUGCGAUAUCUGACAAUUAUAUCCCUGGAGAUAUAGAGAGAAAGAUAGAAGGUGAGGAGAAAAACACGAUGCUGGACAAUGAAAUCAUUCCAGACAAAGCUUCACCUGUUGAAGAGAACCUGUCCAACAAGAUCUCCAUGGCAAGCACAGCCAACAGCAGCAUCUUUGAGAGAACAGAAGUUCUUACAGCUCUCAUUGCAGGAGGAGCGGUUGGCCUCCUGUUUGCUGUCUUCCUCAUCCUCCUCUUAGUCUAUCGCAUGAAGAAGAAGGACGAAGGCAGCUACGACCUUGGGAAGAAACCCAUCUACAAGAAAGCCCCUACAAAUGAGUUCUACGCUUAAAGCUCAGCGGCACUUUGUGCCCCUCGAGGGACAAAUGGACUGCAUGGGAACACUGUGCCCUCCAAUGGGACGUGCUGAACAAAUGCUCCUUUUGGAUUGAAUUUCAAAGUGACUUUGAGGGGGGGAGAAAAACCAAACUUCCUAUACGACCCUUCCCAUCCCGCUCAGCUAGCAAGGGUCCAAUGAAAUAUAAAGAGUCUUGGGGGGGGAAAAAAACCUCAGUGUAUUUUUUUUUUUUGAAAGCUAGUGUAAAAACAAUAAAGAUGCCAAACUUUCUGCUUGUUUUUAUAGAGGGUAUAUAAACACAAAACAGACUGUAUGGAAGCAAACACCAUGUGUUUGCAGCCAGCGCGCUGUGCUCAGAUUGGCUGCUUCUGUAGAAGAUGGCUCUUUUAUAAACCUUGCUACUAGACAUCUUGCAGCAGGCUGUUGAUGUGAAGCGUUUUUUUGUGAAGAACUAUUUAUGAAUCUCUUACACUACCGAUCACGUGGCCUUACCGGGGAGCAGAGGGCCCGUGGGGCUCCAAAUCCCCAGAUGCCAUAAGGGCUGAUGGGAAUGUCUUCCCCAGGAGGCUUCUGUCUCCUCCUGUCUGCCCCAGGCAGGGGUCAUUAGUCCAUGCCAUCAGGACAGCCCCUUUCUCUUGGCUAUGGUGACACCCUUUCCUUGCCUUCAUUUUUUUUUUUUUUUAGGAUUGCCUGUAGGAUUUUUAUAACAAAAUUCUAAAGAGGGUAGCCUGAUGUUUAUAUAAAGUUUUGUAGAAAUUGUUUUGAAAUAAUAAACAAAAAUCUACUUUUUUAAUUUCCUCAGAUUUAUUUUUUCAAUCCCUUCGUGUUUCCUUUGGGCAUAUCUCUGGAGAUGUUUCAUGCAUAUUCUGAGCUGCAGCAGUUAGCUGCAGUGUGUCGCAGGUUUCUUCUAGUUCUAUAGCAGCUACUGUAGAGGGUAAAGAUAUUUAUGGUUUUCCUGUAAUGUAGGUUUUGAUUUUUUUAAUUAUUAUUUUUUUUAAAAUAGAAUUAUUUAUAGUUUCUGAAAUGGCUGCUCUUCGCAUCUGGUGACUUUUAUCCUUUUUACAUAAAACACUAAUAUAAUGAGUCUCUGUGGAAACUAUUUAAGCUUUAUUCUGUGCAUUUUAAUUAUAAAUUCAAGGCAAUAACUUUUUAGAAUUAAUCUGUAUGCGAAAUUGGGUUCAUUAUAUGAUUGAAGUAGGGGGGAAGAUUACUAUUUCUAGCCUGUAAUAUAUUAUAAUCAAUCCUAUAGAGCUCUAUAUUAUAUUUUUACUGAGAAAUAUGCAGUGAGGAGUGUGAAGGCUGGAGGUAACCCUUCAGCAGCCUCGCUGUCUGUGAGGCUUGGUCUAUUUUGUACUGUUUGGCCAGCGUCUUGCCUAGUGUGCAGGUGGGCUCCAGGUCUGCCUGGGUGGCAGCUCCCGGCCGUGGCUCCUGCACUGCAGGCCGUGUACGUAGCUCCUACCUCUCAGACCCAUUCCCAGCGCUCCAAGAGCGGAGGGUGCAGUGCGUGUCCCGUGUCUGCGCUUUGGGAUGGUGUUAUGGGAUUGUGGCUGCUUGGUGUGGUUCGAGGCCUGACCUCGGUAGGCAGCACGAAGCUGGUGUAAUCUAAACAACUCCUUGAGCCUCCUGAGCGGGACUUUGUUUGAGGCUUGUGGCCUGAUCCUUAGAGGCAGUAGCACAAAGAAGUGGGCCUUCAGCUGAUGGCAGCUGCUCCUCGGUGCUGCGCUGGGGCAGCGGGCACUGGUGUGUUGGUGUGAGCAUGGGAGGGCUUUCCCAAGUGUCCUCCUUCAGCAUGGGUGUUUUUUGGAAGCUGUGGGCUCUUGGGUGCUCUAGAAACCAUGUGGAGUUCAUUGUAUGGUGGGGAGGAGAGGGAGGACUCACUGUGUAUGGAUGGCACUGCCAGGAAGGCAGAAACAGUGUCUGCUUCUCUGGGUAUUUGAUUCUCUCGUGUAACUGCUCUCGGGGAUUUUCCACUGUUACUGACUUCUAUUUUUAUUUUUUUCCACAAAUAAACUGGUACUUUCUAAAA